CUCUCUCUUGCUCUCACUCUUGCUCUAUGCCCCUCCCCCACUUGUGCUCUCUCAAAAAAAAAAAAAAAUCUAGACUAAAUAGCUUUCACCCGCACUGAAAUAGCUUUCAAACUCAUAAAUUCUAUUUAAAUCUUUGAUUGUAGUCUUUGUCAAAUUGUCAAAUUUUAGCAGUGUCUACCACUUAUUUUUUCUGUUCUGUGACUAAGAAUCCGUCUUUGACAUCGUAGCUGUUUCAUAGCAACCUUGACCCAUGCAAAUGAUGAGCUCUUCUGGUCUGUAAGGGGAGUAGGCCAGAGGCGGGCAGGGUUAGGUGUCCUGUCCCCUAGAAAGCCCCUUCAGUGCCCUUGGGAAGGAAGAAUGUAUGGAAUGGGGGAGAGGAGUCCCACUGUGCUGUCAGCACAGAGCCUCCUGCAAGCCUUGAACUAAACUGCAAGAUCACGACCUGAGCUGAAGUUGGAAGCUUAACUGACUGAGCCACCUGGGCUUCCCCAUGAAUUCUCAUUUCUAUUUAAAUAAAAUUCCUUACACAUGAUCAGUGUUUCACACUUUACAAAGUGUUUUCACGUACAGUUUAUCAUUGAUGCCCAAACUGACCUUCCUGAAGUCAGCAAGGAGGAUUUAAUUUACAAAGGAGGGAAUAGAAAUUGAGACAGGAUCAGUCAGUUGCCUUCCCAUGCAGAGUUUUUAAUCCUUUUUUACAGAAGGUUAAGGAGCCUUUAAAAUCAAUAAUAACUUAUUGCAACAUAAUUUUUUUUGACUUGGUAUUUGAUUUCUUACUUGCUCAGGUUUAACUGGGGUUUUGAAGUCCUUUAAUUUGAAUCCCACAACUCAGACAGGAGGAGCAGGGGGCCAAGGAAGAAUGUAGCUCAAAUGCGUUUGAAGUUGUUUGGAAAUUCAUGUCAGCUUCUGAAGUCUCAUCUUUGUCUUCCCCAAGAGGGCGGAUUUGAAUUCAUGACAAGGGCAGGAAAGAACGGAACGUGGUGCAGUGGCCACUAACCCGCAAGAGCAAGUGAAGCAGCACUAUUGUGACUUUUUUGUCCGCCUUGUGGCCUCGCCUGUUUCGUAAGGACUGGCCUUGUGUUUACUGAGUUGCAGCGGUCCCCUGACAGCAGGUGUGUCCUGUCUUGUGAUGUUGAAGGCUAUCUCAUGUCAACAGAAUUACACUAUGGCAUCAUAGAGGGGUCACUUGGAACCCCUCAGGGUACUGGCUGAUGGUUAGGAGACGCCUGCUGAGACAUGAACAUCUCAGCUGCUGGUCUCAUCCUCGGGAGCCUGGUGUUUGCCUUCUGUCUGCCUUUGGUGGUGACAUUACCGAAAACUCUGGCCAUCCCUAAGAAGCUGCAAGAAGCCGUGGGGAGGGUCAUUGUCAACGCCACAGCCUGUACUGUCACCUGUGGCCUUGGCUAUAGGGAAGAGACCGUCUGCGAGGUGGGCCCUGACGGUGUGAGGAGAAAGUGUACGUCUCAGCGCUUGGAAUGUCUGACCAGCUGGAUCUGCGGCAUGCUCCACUUCACCAUUCCCAAAGGGAAGGGAUUCGAGCUCAGCUGUCUGAGUUCAGACAUCCUGGAGAUUGGGCAGGAGGCCUUCCGGUUCACCUGGAGACUCGCUCGGGGGAUCAUCUCUACUGAUGACGAGAUCUUCAAACCCUUCCGAGCCAGCUCCUACUUUGUGAGGUUUCCCUCUGUUCAGGAGUAUGACUCUGGGACGUACCGGUGUGAUGUGCAGCUGUUAAAAAACUUGAGACCUGUCAAGAGGCUCUAUUUUGGGCUGCGCGUCCUUCCGCCUGACUUGGUGAACCUGAAUUUCCGUCAGUCCCUUACUGAGAAUCAGAAGUUAGUUGCUAUGGGCCUGGAAGUGAAUCUGGACAACCAUUCUGAGCCUCAUCGUUCACCGUGGAAAAAGAAGGUGGCUGUAGCCUUGGGGAUAGGAGUUGCCAGUGGAGUGGCUGGUGGUGUGCUGAUGGUCAUUGGCCUGGGCUUUGGGCUGAGGGUGCUCUACAGCACUGCCAGCCUCGAAUCCUUAACAGCCUUGAAGGCCUGGCUGCCCAGGACCCUGAACCGGCUGUUUAGGAAACCAAGCUAGCUUUUCAAAGGAUUAUCUGGCUGUGUGAUUGUGGCUCAGCCAGGAGCGGGGGCCUCCACCACCAAAAGAGUGAGUGGGGCCUGGGACAGGGGCAACUGCAUGGCGGUGCGAUGGGCACUGCUCGGCCUCUUCGAGUCCCAGGUGGAUCUCUUCCAGGUCCUCCCUGUCCGUGUGGCACCCGGGAAACCUGACUGUAGGCCCUCUCCCUUGCCCCCGGGAAGAAGACUGUCUUUCACAAGUUGAGGCCGCUCCACCUCCAUCCCUUUUUCUGAGCAGUAUAAUCACGUAGAAGGAUAUAUUAAUAACUUUUCUAGUGGAAACCUUUUCUUCGUCUUCAAUAAAAAUAAUCCACAGUGGCUGCAAGGAGA